CUGUUCCUCCUAAUCCAGACUAUGCUUCCUGCACCAGAUUUCUGCAGGAACAAGCGAAGGAAUUAGGUGUCAAGUGUGAGGUGAUAGAAUAUGUUCCUGGGAUCCCCGUUGUGUUGAUGACACUCGUAGGACAAGACCCAAGUCUACCAUCACUGCUGCUCAACUCUCACACUGAUGUUGUUCCAGUGUUUCCUGAACACUGGAAAUAUAAGCCAUUCAGUGAUCAUAAAGACGACAAUGGUGAUAUAUAUGGUCGUGGUACACAAGAUAUGAAGUGUGUUGGAAUACAGUAUUUGGAAGCUCUUAAAAGCCUUAGGAAAGAAGGACAUGAGUUCCUCAGGACAAUUUACAUUUCAUUUAUGCCAGUAUUGUCGCAUCGGGACGACGCGCAGUAGGUGGCCGAGCGUAUGUAGACAGCCUGUACUGUCGCACAGACAGCCCA